UUUGUUUCUCACAAAGUUUACUGUUAGUCAGUCAGUCAGUCAGAUGCAUGCAAACUGGCGUUAAACUGAGGUUAACGAUUAUACAACUUUGAUCAAACGUAUUUGACGUAGGGUUUUCAAAGCACAGGCAAGUCAUUUUUAUGCUCGUUGCUGCUAAGACAAGCUAACAUGGUCAGGUUAACACUAGUUAGCUAGCGUCAAUUCGUUGUAAUGUAAACAGCAAUGCUGCUAGCAUUUGACACACAUCAACGUUACUCCAGUAAAGGAAUAAGCAGCUCAACAAAGGAAACGUCUGUCCCUGUUUUACUAACCGCACAUCCUACACCAGCAGGCUGUGCAUCAUGUCAAUUGAUUUUGACAGUGCUGCUCUUCAAACCCAACAUGAAGAGGAAGAAUACGACCAGGAGGACUAUGCCAGAGAGCAAGAGCUGCACAAACUGCUCACAGACCUGCCCGAUGACAUGCUGGAGGACAGCAGAGACUCCUCCUCCCCGGAGCUGGAGUACUCUACCUGCAGCAAUAAAAACACAGGCAACAGCCCACAGUCCACAUGGACUCAGCAAUGGCCAAAUAAUCCACAGCCAGUCUCUCAUGAGCAGAACUAUGAAGCAGACUACGAUCAAGGCUCUCAUGAUGAGUACGCUUAUGAGGAUGGUGCUCUUCAGGUCAAUGGACUUCGCAGGCUUCCUCAAAGUCAACCUCUGCCUCACACCUGGAACCAUCAGUCAGAGGAUCACCAGUUCACCCAGGGAGAUUAUACAUACACUAACAUGGGCACAGAAAAAUGUAUGGAGACCAAUGAUUUCUCCACAGAUGACUAUGAGUCUAAACCAUACCCUCAAGGCACUAACAACCAUGUGGCAUAUAACGGAGAAGCGGGAUACAGGGACAAGCGUAGCCAUGAGGACCAUAACAUCAGGAACCAAUUUCAACCUGGAGUGGGGGACAAAGUUAUAAAUCAGUACAAGGCGAGCUACAAUCCUCACCAUCCUGCCCAUCAGCCAAAGAUGUUUAACUCAGAGGCCGCUCACCAGGGCGGUCAGUUUGACCAUCUGCAAAGAGAAUUUCUAGACUCGACACAACAAACUGCUGGUAUGGAGCAGCUUGCCCAACUGCAGAUUUUAAACAAAGCUCAGCAGAGGCAAAUUGAAGACUUGGAGAGAAAAAUGGAAGAUUCAAGGCGAAAUAUGAGAUGCCUCGAGCAUCAGUUUGCAAUUGUCAAAGAUGAAAAGGAUGGCCUAGCAGUAAGUCUAAAGGAAUCAAGUCGAUUGGUUGAGGAGGCCAAGGAGAGAGAGGUUCAAAUGCAAAACAAAGUGAAAGCUAUGGAGCAGCAAAUACAGGUCCUUACUGAGAGAGACCAUGAGAAUAUGAAGAAGCAGAGGGUGGCAGAGGCUGCAGUGGACAGCAUGAAGCAGCAGAUGCUGGAGCUUUGUCGUUCUGACACCUUGUCCAGAGCGUGGGAGCAGCAUGACAGGGACCUUGCCAUCAUAAAAGAACAGCAUGAGGUUGCACUGUUGGCCCUACAGCAGAAGCUUGACUCCACCUCUCAGGCUCUGAAUGAACAGAUUGAAGUUGGUCAGAGGCUACGAGAGCAGGUAAAGCAGCUGGAGCGCCAGAGAGAAGAAGAGCAACUGGAGAGGGCCAGAGUCAUCAAUGCUCUCACUCAGCGCCUGGAGGAGAGUCAGCAGCAAUGUGCCAAGGUGCUGCAGACAAGUUCAGUGCAGGAGAUGAGUCAGAUGCAAAUUAAACUACAACAGGCUCUAUCAGCCAAGGCACUGAGUGAAAACAUGAACCAAGUCUUACAGGAGGAUCUGGGCGAUUUGAAGGAGCAGAUCACUCUGUAUGAAUCUGCUGUGAAACAUGGUGUCAUUGCUUUAGACCAGAGCAGUGACUGGGAGCACCAACUGUCUGAAUCCUGUAUGGAUUUAGGAUUAAAGAAAACAAAGAGGAAAAAUGGCACACUUCACAGCACUGCCUUAGCCCACCUGUCAGACUCCAAGCUGCCUAGGGACGAGGCUUUACGGCUGCUGCGAGUGGAGAUGCAGCGCUGCCUGGGCAGUCUGAAGGGGAAGCGACAGAAGAUCAGUCAGCUGCAGGAGGAGCUCCAGCACUGUCAGAGCCAAGUGAAUGAACUGCAGACCCAGUUAGAUGAAUCUAAGCUCAGCUCUUCGGUCAGAGAGAAAAGUCAGUUGAAACCUCUAGACAUGACUGGAGAGUCUCAGACAGAGUUGAUGAGACUACAGGAAGACAAGCAACACUUGCAGGAACAAGUGGAGACGCUCGAGAAAAAGAAUAAGGAGCUGAAACAGAGUGAGGAGAAGGUGAGAUCUGCCAACUCAGAGCUGUGCACUAAGAUGAGGGAGAUGAUCCAGGAGCUGGACCAAGAAAAGCAGGAGGCUGCUGCGAGAUCUGAACGGAUUCAUCAGCAGUAUAGGGACGACGUGGUGAACCGGGUCAGAACGGAGCUCAUACUGGAACAUGACGCUCAGGUUGAACAGCUGACUGCACAGCACCAGCAGCAGGUCCAGCAGUUACAGACCCAGCUGUCUGAGGCCAAUGAUAAAAUCUUGGCCAUACAAGAGUGUUAUAUAUCUGUCUGCAAAGAGAAGGACAUGCUUGAGGAAAGACUACACAACAAGGAGAAGGAGGAGGCUUUGAUCAGAGAAAACGAGCAAAAAAUGAGAGAGGAGAGUGGUGCAGCUGUGGAGAAGCUGAGGGCUGAGCUCGAGGCUCAGCAUCAGGCUUCAAUAAACCAUCUAAAAGCUCUUUGGUCCAAACAGAAGGAGACUGAGAUCCAGCAGCAGGUGAACUCUCAUGUAACCUCGGCCAAAGCUACGUGGAAGGAGGAACUGCAAAAGAUGGAGAGAACCUGGACCCAGAGGCUGGAGGAGGCAAGGAGGGAGGAACACAGGGAGACUGCUGAGGUUACCUGUCAGACAGAUGAGAUCGAGGGCAGUGGUGUAAUGAUUACUGCCGAGGAGCUGGACUCCAGGCUCAGUGCCCAGAAACACCAGCUGCAGCUGGAAGCUGACAAAGACAAACGCAAAGCUGUGGAGGAAGCCAGGAAACAAGCCCAGAGAGAGCUUCAGGAGAAACAUCUGGAGGACAUGGCCAAGCAGGUCGAAGGUGCCGUGACCAGGGCCUAUAAUCGCUGGAUUGAGGAUUUGACUUCAUUACCAGAAUACCAAGCCUCUCUCCAAACAGAGAAGGACAGAUGGGAAGAACUACAAGAAAAAUGCACAGAACAACAGGUGUCCCAGGCCCUGAGGGAGGCGGAGGAGCAGUGGCAUAAGAAGCACAAGAAACAGCUGGAGGAGCAGGGCUCUGGGGCACAGAAGGUGGAGGAGCUCCAAGAGGAAGUCACGGCUCUCCAGAACCAGCUGGAGCAAGUUAGAAGAGAGCAAGCUGCCCUGCUGAAGGCUGAGCUGGCCGGAGCUAGAGCAGCCUGGAACCGAGACAAACAGCAGGAGAUCUCCAUCAUUCAGGCUCGCAGUGAGCAGAUGCACCAAACCAAGCUGAAAGAGCAGCACAAAAAGCUGGAGCAGGCUUUGAAGCAGGCCAGAGAAGAUGCCGACCUCCAGAAGAAGGAGCUGCUCCUGCAGAUGGAGGCCAAGCUUCAGGAGACUCUAAGGGCCCGAGAGGAGGAGUGGAGUUGUCUGCAUGCACAGAAAGAGGAGACCCAGAGACAGCGGAUGAGGGAUGAACUCUUGGCAGAGCUUCAGACCGGACUGGCAGAGGUCCAGGCACAACUUCUCAGAGAUCCCAAAACAGAUCAGCAGGGCACUGAAAACAACAAGAGGACCAGCGAGACCACAUCAGAGAGAACAAUAACACACAUCAUCCAAACAUCCUGCAAAGACACCGUCAGCAGAGCAAUAUCUCAGGCCAAGAAGGAGUGGAAGAAAAUAAGUGAGGAGAGACUGAGCCGUGUGUUAAAAGAAACACAGGAACAACAUGAAAGAGAAAUUGACAAAAUGCAAAGCUCUUUGUCUCAGAGGAAGGAGCAGACUCGUUGCAGGAAUGAGUGCACUGAAACUUUAAGGAAGUUGCAGAAGAAGAAUCAGGAGCUCCAGAGACACUUGGAAAAAGCCUGCCGUCAGCUCCAGCGCAGCGUUCGAGAGCACAAAACUGCCAUGCAGCAUCUCAAAGAUGAGCAUGAAAGCAGCUUACAGAAGGUAAAGGAGGAACAUCUGCAGCAGCUAGAUGAAUUGAAGAGAGCCAAAGAAUCUUCAGGGAGUUCUGAUCACCAGCAGAAUCUUCAGCAAGGCCUCGAAGAGAUGAAGCAGCAAUACCUGGUGACUGUAGAGAAGAUCAGAGAGGACAUGCUGCGUUACCUCCAGGAGAGUCGGGAGCGUGCAGCAGAGAUGAUCCGUGUGGAGGUGCAGAGGGAGAGGCAAGACACUGCCAGGAAGAUGCGACGUUAUUAUCUGACCUGUCUGCAGGAGUUACUGGAGGAUGGAGGAAGAACUACAGGAGCUGAGAAGAAAAUAAUGAGUGCUGCAAGCAAGCUGGCGGCCAUGGCUAAAGUGUUAGAGACGCCUAUCAAAAGUAAAUCUGGGAAGAACUACAGUUUACCAAAUGGUUCAACCGCUGUAUCCACCGCUGUAUCCACCACUGGCUGCCCUCCAGGUAGAAACGCACCUUUCAAUAAGAGCCCAUCCACACUACCUGAGCUUCCUGACAUCAGGGUGGAGGAGAGAUCCCGGAGGGAAAAGACUUCUGCUGAUUCAGAGCAGAGACCAGCCGCUGCAGUCAGGACUAGCCAGGACAUUUCUGCAUCUGGGAAGGAGGAGGCCUCAGUGGAUGCGGGCCUGAAACCCCAAACUGCCGCUCACACACACCUUCACGCUUACAAACCUUCUCAACAGAUGGCUUCUCCAUCCCAGGUGGAUUUUGUCAGUGUGUCUGUGAGGAGUAAGGGCAGGGAGCUGUACCUGCAGGGAGGAGAGAGCACAGCAGACAACCGGCUAGAUUCAGAGCGACAGAGCAAACCUUUCCUCAUCCAGGAGGCUCCUGUCAGAGAUGAGAAACAGACCGACUGGAGCAUGACCAGUUGCGACUCAGACACAAGUUUUCAAGUCCCCCGACUGUCCUACUCAGGAAGGAAAGUAGAACCAGUGAAGCCGUUUUCUGUCUCUGCUGCAUCGCCUGGCGACUUAAGAGAGUUUGGCAGCUUCACCCCAGACGCGUCCGACCUGACAAUUUAUAAUGAGAUUGCCGAGAAGACACCUCACGCCCAGAUGCUGAACUUUCCCAGUGUGAAGAUGAGCACACGCAGAGAGCCCACCCCUGGCUCUGAGGCUGAGAAGAAGCAGGGAGUUUGUUCCAGGACUCAGUUCUCUGAGUUGAGACAGAGCCAGCAGGACAGCGGCUUUGACAGUCCAUUAUACCAACGGAAUUGACAAAGCAAAGGACAGGUAUGAGGA